AAGGCGCGGCGACGCUGGCCAUGUUGUGAAUGAGCGGACGGGAUGACGUCAGCGGACGACUGUCAACAAUGUGGGCGUUCCAGUCAAGUGUAACACCACACAGCAGCACGCCGUGCACAGCAGCGGACUGCACAAUCACGGUCGUAUCGUGUACCGGGACUUCAUAAUCGCGAGGACAAGUAUCAGGCGGGAGGAUACAAUGUGAGAAAACUUAUAUGCCGGAUCGAGCAAGAAGGCAGCAAAAAAGGGCGUGAGCGGAAUGUCCGUGGAUGAGAAGCCUGAAGCCCCCAUGUAUGUGUAUGAGUCGACGGUUCAUUGUACCAAUAUCCUCCUCUGCCUCAACGACCAGCGGAAGCAGGACAUCCUGUGCGAUGUGACAGUCCUGGUGGAGGGCAAGGAGUUUCGCGGGCACCGGGCUGUGCUGGCCGCCUGCAGCGAGUAUUUCCUGCAGGUGUUGGGAGGACAGACCGAGAAUGGCUUGGUGGUCACCCUUCCUGAGGAGGUCACUGCUGAAGGCUUCGCCCCAUUGUUGCAGUUUGCCUACACGGCUAAACUGUUACUCAGCAGAGAAAACAUUCAGGAGGUCAUUCGCUGUGCCAAAUUCCUGCGGAUGCACAACCUAGAGGACUCAUGCUUUCGUUUCCUUGAAGCUCAGUUGCGUAGUGAAAAGGACAGCUUGCUGCAAGGCCACAAGGUGGCUGCCGAUGCCAUCAAUUUAGAGGAUGAGAGCAUGCAGUCAGAGGCCGAAAUACCCUCCUCCCCGAGGAUGCAACAAUGUGCUGACAGUCUCUCCUCAUUUCAACCUCCUGGCGAUGAUCGUCUAGCAAUGACGAUACCUAGUAGCUUCAUAGAUGGUCGGUUGGACUUUGAUCGAAACAGAGGAUCGGACCUGCCGCGAUGCCCCAAGUACAGGAAAUAUCAGUGGGCUUGCAACAAGCACAAUAACGACUUCUCCUCACACAGUGGUACCUCAGGUUUUCCAAGCACAAUAAAAGAGAGCAGCAUGGGUGGGGAAGUAAGCAGUCGGGACAGGCGGACUUUGGCACAAAUCAAAGUCGAACCGCGGGCAGACGAAGAGGCCAUCUCAUUGUGCCUGUCGGGGGAUGAACAGGACUUCCGGAAAAAGGACAAUGUGACAGCCAUGGAGAUGGAUAAUCCCAGGUCUGUGGAAAGAAUCAAGAGAACCAAGUCCCCUUCCUGCCUCAAAGCCUUCUUCCAGAAAGGAGUAGACCUUCCCAAUCUGCCCAAUACAUCACAGCAGCUUUUUGCCAACCUUAUCGGCUGCCCCCAGGACAAAGUUAACACUCAGGGAGAAUGUAAAGUUUUUACUGGGAAGCUGGGUCUGUCUUUAAUAUCCCCAAAUGAGAAGGACAGUUUCCCCGCCAGCAUGUCCCUUAAGUCCUCUUCCUGUGAUGAAAUCUGCAAACAGGAAGUUGAGCUGGAUCGUCGAAGUGUCAUAUUUUCCUCAGGAGCCUGCAAUCGUGUCGGAACCCCAGCCCAUUCCUACCCUGGUGGGAAUUCUUUGGAGGUGGAACUCUCCGAGCACAUGCCAAAGGGAAUGUGGCCUGGAGCCAGCCAGUCCCUCCCGACCUCGCAGGCCUUUUGCCCCAGUACCACCUCCACCGACCCCCAACUAUUGUGUCGCCCACGGCCAAACACCAGCUGCCCAGUUCCAAUAAAAGUGUGCCCACGCUCACCACCUUGCGAGACUCGCACCCGGACGUCCAGCUCCUGUUCCUCAUACUCGUAUGCAGAGGAUGGCAGCGGAGGUUCUCCCUGCAGCUUGCCUCAAUUUGAGUUUUCUUCCUCCCCUUGCUCCAACAUGGCCCGGUGUGUCAAUGUGGAUCAACAGGAGCAAAGUGGAGGGGACGCCCUUUUUAACCAAGUGCAGCCCAAGAUCAAAUGUGAGCAGUCCUACGGCACCAAUUCAAGCGACGAGUCGGGUUCUUUUUCAGAGGGAGACAGCGAGUCCUGUGCUGCACAAGAACAUAGCCAAGAGGUGAAGCUCCCUUUUCCUGUUAAUCAAAUUACAAAUCUGCCAAGGAAUGACUUCCAGAUGUUGGUGAAAAUGCACAAACUGACCUCAGAGCAGCUGGAGUUCAUCCACGAUGUGAGGCGAAGAAGCAAGAACCGUAUCGCUGCACAACGCUGCCGCAAGAGAAAGCUCGACUGCAUCUUGAACCUUGAGUGUGAGAUUAGAAAACUGGUGUGUGAAAAGGAAAAGCUUCUCACAGAGAGGAACCAGCUGAAGGCUUGUAUGGGAGAGCUAUGGGAAAAUUUCUCAUGUCUGUCGCAGGAGGUGUCCAAGGAUGUCCAGGUGAGCCCUGAACAGGUUCAGUCUUUGCACCACUUCUGUCCGGUUCUACGAGCCACCAAUUCCACUGCCAGCAACAAUGCUGCCUUUGACCCCAAGCCUUCUAGCAGAACCAACACUUCCAGCAUCGAUCUCACUGCCCAUUCGGACUUUCCUGAUUCCAACUUGUACGGUUCUCCCGGGCCUUUGGAGAGUGAAUCCGGCCCGGCCGUCAGAAACGGUGCGGACAAAGAUGUGAACAGCCAAGACCCCGUCUCAUACACGGAAAAUCCCAACCAGACGGUAACGGUGGAUUUUUGCCAGGAAAUGACGGAAAAAUGUACAACUGACGAGCAGCCACGGAAGGACUCGACAAAGUAGUUUGUUUGUUUUUCUAUUAUUUAAUUGUACUCUUCCGACAAACCCUGUUUCUCAGGGUUGCUGAGGUGGCCAGCCUCUGCCAGUUUUCACUGAAAAAAACAAUCUUUGUAAGUAUUUAUGUUUUUCAAGAUGUCUUCUUGUUGAAAGGUCAACACAAGAGUUGUCUUAACAGCAGCAAUACUGUUCUCAAGGUAUUCUCCUCCAACCACAUGUGGGGGAACCUCUCACCAAAUCCUUAACAAUGGUGCUAUUACUGGCCCCAGCAGCAUCUUCUUCAGUCACAACAAGUUGAACCUCA